ACCGGUAAGGCGAGCACCGCGCACGGGGGAUGGAGCCCAGCGCCCAUUGGACAGAAUAUAAAGGCAGAAACCUACCCCCGAAGACUGGGAGCCCCGCGGGGCGGCGGCGGGGGGCGCGCGCCGCGGCCCCCGGCUCCUUUUUCCAGGAGACUGCCGGGCCCCGCGGCGCAGGCAUGACCGAGGUCCGGCGUCAGGGACACGCCCGUUACGCCUCGUUGAAAACGAUCAGGUGAGCCUGGCCGAGGCGGACGUGACUCCCGGAACCCCGGCUCCAGUGCGUCCCAGCUGGCGCCGCGACGUCCACCUGCCCAGAAACCGGGAACAGCUGGUCGGUGAGAGGGGGAGGCCCCGCCUCCCCUGCGGGACCGGACUGACCAUGGCGCUGGCCGCGGCCGCAGCCGCUGCGGCCGCCGGCGUGAGCCAGGCGGCAGUGCUGGGCUUUCUGCAGGAGAACGGCGGAAAGGUGCGCAACUCUGAGCUGCUGAGCCGCUUCAAGCCGCUGCUGGAUGCCGGCGACCCACGCGGCCGCGCCGCCCGCAGGGACCGUUUCAAGCAGUUUGUCAACGACGUGGCUGUGGUGAAGGAGCUCGACGGCGUCAAAUUUGUGGUGCUGAGGAAGAAGCCGCGGCCCCGGGAGGGACCAGAGCCCCUUCCCUCCUGCUUCCCGAGCACCCCGGGGUCAUCAGCCCCGCCGUCGAAGAUCACCUCCGUCUCACAGGGGGAAACCGCUGCUUCGGGGGCUCCAUCCUUGGCCUCGGCGCAGAGGGCGGUAGAACCACCUGAGGACCCGGCUCCGCCAUCAGAGCCACAGGACACCCCCGGGGCUCCGGCCUCUGAGCCCACUCAGCUGACUAAGGGGCUGCUGUUAGUCCCAGCCCGGCAGUCAGGGAUGCCCUCGGACCCCCAGAUUACAGCCUUUGAGCUGGCCCAGCCCUCCGAGGGACUCUCUGCAGACGUGGCCCCACCGUCCAUGGCACCGUCGGAGGCAGCUUUGCCCCAUGCAGAACCGCCAGACCCGGAACCUGCGCCUGGGCUUUCAAAAGGGCCGCCACCACCCCCUCCGCGCGCGCUGCCGCAAAAGCCCUGCAUGCUGCCGGUGCGCUGCGUCCCGGGCCCCGCGGCGCUCCGGAUCCGGGCGGAGGAGCAGGGCCUGCGUCGGCAGCUGUCGGAGGAGCCCAGCCCACGGAGCUCCCCUCUGCUGCUGCGGCGGCUCUCAGUAGAGGAGUCCGGCCUGGGCCUCAGCCUGGGCCCCGGCCGCUCCCCGCACCUGAGGCGCCUGUCGCGCACCGGCCCUCGCCUGCUGAGCCCCGACACCGAGGAGGUGCCCGCCGCACCGCCGCCGUCCGCCGUACCCCUGGAGCCGGCCGAACACGAGUGGCUAGUGCGGGCUGCCGGGGGCCGUUGGACCCACCAGCUGCACGGGCUGCUGCUGCGCGACCUCGGCCUGGCGGCCAAACGCGACUUCAUGUCUGGUUUCACGGCCCUGCAUUGGGCCGCCAAGAGUGGCGACCUCGAGAUGGUGCAGCAGCUGGUGGAUAUCGCGCGGCGUGGAGGCGCGCGGGUCGACGUGAACGCGCGCUCACACGGUGGCUACACGCCGCUGCACCUGGCGGCUCUGCAUGGCCACGAGGAUGCAGCGGUGCUGCUGGUGGUCCGAUUAGGUGCGCAGGUGCACGUGCGUGACCACAGCGGGAGGCGCGCUUACCAGUACCUGCCGUCCGGCGCCUCGUACGCUCUGCGCCGCCUACUUGGCGACCCCGGCCUGCGAAGCUCUACCGAGCCCGAUGCGACCGGUGGUGGUAGUGGCAGUUUGGCGGCCCGGCGCCCGGUGCAGGUGGCCGCCACCAUCCUCAGUUCCACCACCAGCGCGUUUCUGGGCGUCCUGGCCGACGACCUGAUGCUCCAGGAUCUGGCUCGAGGCAUGAGGAAGUCGGGCUCCUUAAGCAAAUUCUUGGGUGCCUCGCCCAUGGCUCCUCGCAAAAAGACAAAAACCCGCAGUAGUCUGCAGGUCUUCUCAGAAAUCUCCCGUCGACCCACUCCGGGGCCCUUGGCUGGUCUAGUGCCCAGCCUACCCCCAGCAACCUGACGGUUCCCGAGGCUACGGCUUAGUUGCUCUAAUCGGGCCUGCCUCUCACAGUCUAAGCCUGCCCAAGACGGCGGUCCGACACCUUCGGCUCCAUCUUGUUUCCAACUUUGUCCACUGCAGCCUGUUUUACCCAAGUGGGCCUACGCCUCCAGCUUCUGUCUGAAGCUUGAUCUUUCUCCAGAGAUGGGAUUCAAGAUCUCAGUGAGAGCCUCCUAUGAAGAACUACAGAAGUCAGGAUUGAACUUUAGAGGAAAUUUGAAAUUUAGUAUCAAAGGUUAAGGGGCAGCAGCUGGUCUGGCCCCUGAAUGAUUUAACCCGAUGCCACUGCAUCUAUAUACUCCCAAGCCAGAAUUAGAGCUUUGUGUGAUGAUGGAUUGUCAGCUUUAAGAUAUGUAGUGCUUUUGUAAUUUGAUGCUUUUAUCCUGUUUUUAAAUUGAAAUGAGGUAAAACAACUUUCAUAAAAAAACCUUUUGAAAGUAUAUUUUUCCAAAAUGCUCAGACAUUUUCAAUCUUUUGCUAAAUAUUUUGGAAUUCUAUUAAAAAAAAAAAAAGAUGAUCAAGAUCUAAAGGAAAUUAGUCCCAACCAACAAAACCCUUGAAUGGUUAUCUACCUCAUUUUAGGCAAUCAAGAUUCCAGAGACUCUUGAACACAGAAUGUGACCAUUGUGAAUGUAAUUAAUUUCAGUUGUACUGAGAAUGCUAAAUAUUAGAAAACAAGUACAUCUUAGGAGUAAAAGUGAUUUAACAAUGAGAGAAA